AUGCGCGUCUUGUGCGUGGCCGAGAAGCCAUCCAUCGCCAAGACCAUCGCCCAGAUGUUGUCGGGGGGUUCCUUUUCGAACCGCGAGGGACGCGACAAGUAUUGUCGGAAUUUCGACUUUCCGUACCGCCUGCCGCGCGCUGUCGUCGGCGGCUCUGCACGCGGCCCCGCGCAGGUGUCCGUUGAGAUGACCGUCACCUCGGUGCGUGGGCACAUGAUGGAGCUCGAUUUUCCGGACGAUUUCAAGUGGGGGCGCUGCGACGCGUCGGCCCUCUUUACCGCGCCGACGAUCGUGCGCGUGUCGAAAGACGCACAAAAGGUCGCGCAGAACCUGCAGAACGAGGCACGUCGUGCGGACGUGCUCAUGAUCUGGACCGACUGCGACCGCGAAGGCGAACAGAUUGGCUAUGAAAUUGAGCAACACUGCAAAAAAGUCCGCGCGUCGCUGCUGGUCAAACGCGCGCGAUUUAGCGCACUAAUUGCGAACCAAAUCCACCGCGCGUGUACGUCGCCCGUGGAUCUUGACUACAAUGCAGCGUACGCCGUUGAGGCGCGGCAACAGAUCGACCUGCGCGCCGGCGCCGCUUUUACUCGGCUGCAGACCACUGCGCUUGGCCGCGGCCUGCCGGAGCUAGAUGGGAUGGUGAUCAGCUAUGGUCCCUGCCAGUUUCCGACGCUCGGGUUUGUCGUCGAGCAUUACAAGCGCGUUCAGGCGUUUGUCCCUGAAAAAUUUUGGACUAUCGACGUGAAGCAUUCUAUGGGCCGCCAGACGGUGGAGUUUGCGUGGCAGCGCAAGCACCUCUUUGACGAGGACGCAACCGCGGCACUGCAUGCGCGCUGUACCGACGCAGGCGAGGCAACGGUCGCCUCGGUCGUCAACCGCCCAGUGACGAAGCGCAAACCCACGCCCUUGACGACGGUCGAACUGCAGAAAAGCGCGUCGCGCCUCUUUCACCUCGCGCCGAAGCGCGUGCUGGACGUGGCCGAGGCGCUGUACCAGCGCGGUCUCCUUUCCUACCCCCGUACCGAGACGGACCAGUACGACAAAGACUUUGACUUUGCCGCGCUCGUUGCGAAGCAGACGAGCGACGCGGUCUGGGGCGGGCUCGCCGCCGAGCUGUCCGAGAGUGUCUCGGCGCCUGCGCCGGACAACAAUCUCCAGUUUGAGCGGCCUCGCAAUGGGAGCAAGAACGAUAAAGCGCACCCGCCGAUCCACCCCACGGCCCAUGCCAACGGGCUCUCUGGGGACGAAAAGAAGGUGUACGACUAUGUCACACGGCGCUUCCUCGCCUCAUGUGCCACCGACGCACGCGGCCACGAGACGGCGGUGCAUAUUGAGCUCGGCGGCGAGCGCUUCCACGCGUCUGGAACGGUGGUGCUUGCGUUGAAUUAUUUGAAGCUCUUUACCUACGAGACCUGGAAAGACAAGGCUAUGCCCGAGUACACCGAGCGCCAGACCUUCCGUCCGACGUCGUGUACGAUGCGGCAAGGCGAGACGACACGCCCCAGCCUCUUGACCGAGGCGGACCUCGUGAACCUGAUGGACAAGAAUGGGAUCGGUACCGACGCAACGAUCGCCGAGCAUAUUCGCAAGAUCAUCGAUCGCCAGUACGUGAUGCUGCACAAGCAAGGCAAGACAAACUACCUGAUCCCCUCGACGCUUGGCAUGGGCCUCGUCGAGGGAUACAAAAGCAUGGAAGUGAGCAAGCACCUGUGCCAGCCGAUGCUCCGUCGCGAUACAGAGGUGAAGCUUUCUCACAUUGCGAAUGCGACGCUGACGCGCGAUGCGACCGUGCAAGAGAGCAUGGAAGAGUACAGUCGUAUUUAUACCGCGGUGCAGCGUGGAUUCAAUACCAUCACGCAGCGCGUCAAGGGCCUGAUGCAAGACUUGCCCGGUGACGCCGCUCCGCCGUCCGACACACCUGCCGUGCCCGGCGUGUCGUGCCAUUGUGGAUCGACUGCCGCCGAGCGCACGAGCGGGCGCGGCGCCAGCGCGCGGCCGUAUUGGGCGUGCGCCAAUACCGAAGACGGUGAAGAAGGCUGUGGAUUCUUUCUAUGGAAAGCGCAAAGUGUGCCGGAAGCGCCUCCGACCCACGCACCCCCUCGGCGCAACACGUCGACACGCGCCCCCCGACGUGCCUCGGCGCGGUCGGACCCGGAUCCUAUACCCACGGCGCCUGUCGCCUCCGAUACCCCCCGGUGCCACUGUGACCUGACGGCGAAGCGUGCCCAGGCCGGAUCCGGUGCGAAUGCCGGCCGUGCCUUUUAUGCUUUGCAAUCGUCGCACAUGGACGAUCUAAACGCCUUUUAUGCGUCGCAUCCCGGUCUGGUCCAUGCGGGCGAUAUCCGCCAUGAUAAGCAGUUGGGCGGUAUGGGCCAGCAUCAAGAUAUGAAUACGCAGCUGCCGAUGGGCCUGGGCCCGGAUAUGCUGAACGCCAGCGACCUGCUCAACCAGCACCGCCUGGGACCGGAGCAGCUCGCCAACCCGCAGUUCGAGUCGAUGCUGCACGAGCGCCUUGUGCAAAUGCGUGAUAAUGGACAGGACGUCGAUGCACUGCUCCAGCGAUCUCAACAGCCAGAGCAGCGCAACGACCUUCCAACGGGUUAUCACCACCGGGAUGAGUUUCACACGGACCACUCCAACGUGCCCAAGACGCCAGGCCGCGGCCAUGAGGCGGCGCAUCAGCAGCAUGGACUGAAAGAAGAUAACCGUCAAGGCAGUAUGGCGCCGAUGGAAGCUGCGCAUGCCUACGGCUCAUACCAACACCAAAAAGGCUUCCCUCCUCUGGAUGCUACCGCUAUUACACCAGCAACGCUCCAGCCCCAAGGAUCCCAGGGCAUGUACAGCACGGGGGACCCCGACCAGAUUUUCUUGCAACAAGAUAUGCUCUCGACCAUGUCCUCACCUUCGCACCCUAAUGUACGUGUUCCGUUCCCGGGUGGAAAUGCGCAGAAUGCGUACAACCGUGGCAUUUAUGCGCACGGUGAACUGCAUAACAUGUCCGGCGAUACGUCGGCUUCGGCCUCGGAGCGCAGCGCCAAUGCUGCGCGCCGCAACCGCAGCACGACAGCCGAAAGCAAGGCCAACAAGGUGCGGCCGUCACCGCUGAUGAAGCCCGCGCAGAGCCCCAAAGUCGCGCCGGGCAGCGGAAGCACGUCGGUGUGGCAGGCAAACAACAGCAAUGUGGCGCACCUCCGUAAGCGCGAAUCGAGCAACUCGAGCACUUCGCCGUCACUCGGUGCGCUUGAGACUUUGUCGAGCACGAUGCAAGAGGCAAGCGGUUUGUCGAUGCCGUCCCCGGCCCUGUCCCCUGCCUUGGUGGCGAUGGGCCAGACGGGGGCUGUAACGCCCCGGUCGGCGCCGCAUACGCGUAGCUCUUCGCUGACGCGCCGCCCGCGCUCGCGUCUCGGCGACGAGCCAGGCACUCCGAACCCCGGGACGGCGGGCUCCACGCGCCACAACUCCAUCAGCGACGCCCCGGAGGCCGACAACAGCCCGUCGCCCAUCGACCUCGCCAACCAGGAAGGCCAGGCGCCUUCGCAGCGGCCGACCAAGCCCGUGACGCCAGGGACGAUCAUGGGCAUCCAGCAGUCUACCUCGCCUCAGGAACCCAACCCCGAGCAGUGGGUGCAACUUGAGCAGAAUGGAGAAAAUGCGCACAGUGUGCCGAACCACCCCAUGUCGCCAGGCAAUUUUUCUUCUUUUGGUUAUGCUCCGUCGAACGAGAUUUCGGGUAUGGGCUCUUUCCCUGCCCAUAAUGCGGCGGUGAAUGCGGUGGCAGCUUCGGCGCUGAUCAAUGCGUCGCAGCCGCGACCCAAUAUGUUUUAUCAAGGCACACAGCCGAAGCCAAUUCUCCCGGGCGGCCUCUCGUCCGAGGACCGCAAUGCGUGGAUGAACUUGCGCCGCGUGGGCAAUGGCGGUCUCGACCAGCGGCGCACGUCGCACAAGGCUGCCGAGCAGAAGCGCCGCGACUCGCUGAAGCACUGCUUCGACGAGCUGCGUGGCCUGCUGCCUGCCAUCACGCUCGACGAGAGCGUGUCGUGUGGCUCGGUCUUGGGCCCGGACGGUUCAUCGGAGGACCAGCUGGCUGAGGGCUUUGACCCCGAGACCACCAAGCGUCCUCGCGAUGGCGAGGCUGAGCCGCUCCAGGAAGGCGCGCGGCCGCCACUCUAUGUGGUGACGCCCGAGCAGGCGCGCGAUGCGAACCGUGCGAUUGCCAAGGUCUUGCUUCUGCGCCACAGCAACGAAUACCUCGUGCGUCUCAAGCGGCGUAUUGAGCGCCGCGAUACGGCGCUCCAGUCGCUGAGCCAGGAGGUGGUGCGGCUGCGGAACGCUCUGGCCGAAACGAAGGGCGAUUCCAAGUCGGAUGCUUCGUCGGUGAGCCACAACUUCAAUUCGCUUACCCUCGCCCAGUCUCGAAAGGGCGAGGCGCGCGCACAGGAUGGCGGGCAGGCUCAGUCGGUGGAUACCCCUUGCUCAAUGGAUAUUCCAGCCCAUAAGAUGGAUCUAGCGUAG